UGCGCAGCGCCGCCAGACUCGCCGAGCCGCCGGGCGACACCGAGCCGUCUCUUCCUGCCCAGCGGCAGCGAGCUCUCUGCCCGCCCGGCCCGGCCCGGCCCCUCGCUGGACCCCGCGCGAGGAGGGACAGCUUGCAGCCCGAGCCUCCCGGCGGCGCGGCCAGACUCCCGCAGCAGCGCAGCGCCGCCGAGCGCGCCGAGCCCCCGGACAAUGGGGCCGCGGUGGCUGCUGGUGGUCGCCGCGGGGCUCAGUCUUUGCGGCCCUCUGCUGUCGGCCCGCACCCCAGGCCAAAAGGCAGAGCCAGAAACAACAAAUAGUACUUUCCGUGUCCGGUCAUUUUUUCUCAUGAAUUUACCCAGUGGAUUCGAACCAAUCCCACUGAGGGAUGAGGAGGAAAGAAAUGAGAGUGAGUUCACUGAAGGCAGAUCAAGCUCCGUCAAUCAAAGCAAUCCUCCUCAAAAAUUACCCCACGUGUUCAUCUCAAAUGAUGCCUUGGGCUAUCUGACCAGCACCUGGCUGACUCUCUUCAUCCCCUCCGUCUACACCGGCGUGUUCGUAGUAAGCCUUCCUCUAAACAUCAUGGCCAUUGUCGUGUUCGUCUUGAAGAUGAAGGUCAAGAAGCCGGCUGUGGUGUACAUGCUGCACUUGGCCACGGCAGACGUGCUCUUCGUGUCUGUGCUCCCAUUUAAGAUCAGCUACUACUUUUCCGGAAGUGACUGGAGUUUUGGGUCUGCGAUGUGUCGCUUCGUCACUGCAGCGUUCUACUGUAACAUGUAUGCCUCCAUCAUGCUCAUGACGGUCAUCAGCAUUGACCGGUUUCUGGCUGUGGUGUAUCCCAUCCAGUCGCUGUCCUGGCGUACUCUGGGGCGGGCUUCCUUCACGUGUCUGGCCAUCUGGGCCAUGGCCAUCGCGGGAGUGGUGCCUCUGCUGCUCAAGGAGCAGACCAGCCAGGUGCCGGGGCUCAACAUCACCACGUGUCACGACGUGCUCAACGAAACGCUGCUCGAGGGCUUCUACGCCUAUUACUUCUCCGCCUUCUCUGCUGUCUUCUUUUUCGUGCCGUUGACCAUUUCCACAGUCUGUUACGUGUCCAUCAUUCACUGUCUUAGCUCUUCCACGGUGGCCAACCAGACCAAGAAGUCCCGGGCGUUGUUCUUGUCGGCUGCCGUUUUCUGCAUCUUCAUCAUUUGCUUCGGACCCACCAACAUCCUUCUGAUUCUCCAUUAUGCAUUCCUUUCCCGUAAUUCCAUGACGGAGGCUGCCUACUUCGCCUACCUCCUCUGUGUCUGUGUCAGCAGCAUCAGCUGCUGCAUUGACCCCUUGAUUUACUAUUACGCUUCCUCCGAGUGCCAGAGGUACCUCUACAGCAUCUUAUGCUGCAAAGAAAGUUCGGAUCCCAGCAGUUACAACAGCAGCGGUCAGCUGAUGGCAAGUAAAGUGGAUACCUGCUCUAGUAACCUGAAUAGCAGCAUGUACAAGAAGCUGCUAACUUAGGAAAGGGGACCGACAGUGAGUUAAAAAGAAAAGGUGAAAAAAGCAAAUAACCUGAGGAUUCUAUUUAGUCCCUGCCAAAAAAAGUAUUUACUGUACCAUCUAAAACAACGGAUGUAUGAUUUGCAUGCCUCCUUACUAGAGCCAUUAAGCAUACAUAUUUGUUAGUUACAGGAAAACAUAACAGGAAUGUUCCGAGAGAACAUUGCCAGUGCUACAACAAGAACUGAAUGUUGCUUUUUGAUGUAUUUAGAUGCCUUAUUAUAGGGGUGUGUGUGUGUGUGUGUGUGUGUGUGUGUGUGUGUGUACACACUUGUAUUGUUUGCAGUGCAGUAUAGAAUAGGCACUUUGAAACCCUCUUUUUUUUCCACCAGAGAUAAUGGAAAUAAACUCUGGCUUUCUGAUUUAAUAUGCAAAGUUUAGUUUGGUGAAGUUUAGCCCUGAAAUUCUGCAGAUGUCCGUCAAUAGUGAGGUGUUCUGUCGUAUGGACUUACAUAGCUUUUGCAAAUAAGUGUAUUUUGAAAUUGUUCAACGGCGAUGUUUAAGUUAUUGAGGGCUGAGACUUAGUCCUGUCUGUGUGUAGAAGUUUUGCUGUUUUUCAUUUGAAACAUAUCAAAGUUUGAAACCUAAAAAUAUUAAAACAGAUGAAAACAUAUGCUGUGGGUAGCAUUUUCCUGUUUUACACACCAUAUGUGUAAACCAAGAAUGAGCAGAGGUCUCACCAGUGACCUUAGGUUGGCUUUCAAAGCAACCUGCCCCUGGAUGGAGGACUCCAAGCGGUAGGGACAAGACUGGGCCAGUUCAGAGAGCAGAGGGAUCAGGACCACAUGUUCGCUGUCUCCUCCUGGGAUUCCCUCAAAGGCUGGCCAUGAACUUAUCAUGCUCAUUAGAAGCUGGCGAAGUAGGAUGUGCUAUCUCAAGAGAUAAUGACUAUAAAAGAUUUCUCUGCCCGUUUUAAGAAUGGAGAAAGAAGGCCCUGUUCACUUCCAGGAGUUAUGCUACAAAGACCGUUCUCAGAUGGAAACACCCCUGCAGCAAACACACCCCUCCUGUGCUCUGGGCACUCGGAUGGGUGCUGGGCGAGUGGAGUUGAGUAAAACUGAAACCUGCUCUUCAGAAGAACAAAGUAGAUAGAUACUUAGAGUGUGAUACGUGUAAAGGAAACACGUCAUUAUGUAAAGAAGUGUUUUCAGCCAGAUGUCACCAAGCAAGUUGCACAUAAUCAAGGCCUGGCAGGUGAAGAUGUUUGAAUAUUUGGGUUACUGCUUCCUAUGGUUAUAACUUGAGUUGAGAACAUAAUACAGUACAGGAAGUGUGUUUUUAAAAAUAAGUCCUAAUUGGACUUUUAAGAAAAUCUGUCUUAGUUGGACACUAUUUACUUACAAAUGCUUUAUCAAUACAUUGCUCAAAUCAAAUUUUUAAAGGCGAAUCGAUUACAUCAGUCUGAUUAGAAAUGAUAGAAGAAAAUGGAGUUGGCUUUGAAAUCCAGGAAACUUACUCGGUAUUUCCCAUCCACUUUUCUUAAGAUUUAAUGAGAUGAUUUUAAAAGCAUUUUUCAACCCCAUGAUGAGUGUCAAGUACAGAAUACCCUCAUGUAUUUGACAAAAUAAUUUGAAAAUUAGGUUGAAAUAGAUCUUUUUUCCUUAUGAAAAAAUGUUGGCAUUUUAAACAGACAAAAAGGCAAAUACUUACCUAUUGAAAAGAGCAAACUGUUUCCAACAGCCAUGGAAUAAUUUACAUCUAUGUAUGUGUUAUAAGUAGAAGCUAACAUUGACUGCAUUAAUUUAGUUACUGUAUUCAUUUUAUCCAACUCAGUGGAAAUAUACUGUCACUGUUUAUUCAUUCUUUUAUAUUAAAAUACCUCUGACUUAAUAAGACUAUCAUUACUAUAUUAUCAGUAUGUACUUACAAAAUAUUAUGUCACUGUUUUUAACGUUCUUUUUUAAAAAAUGUAUGUAACCUGUAUUAAUAAACCUGAAAGUCUGCUUGGUA